UGGAUCCCCUGAUAUACAUACAAUAAUUGUUGCAAAAACGUCACCCUUUUUUGAAAGUUUUGCUGCCGUCACCUUCACUCGUCAUAAAGAGCGACGUCGUCAAAUAAAGUUUUAUAAUAUGCCUCAAGAAGUACAAGGACAAACCGCUGUUGACGACACCAAGUUGGCGACUGUCACUUCAGCCACCACAAAUAAAAAUAAACUUGACAAAAAACAAACAAAGCAAGACGAAAUUUCUAAAUCAUUAAAGAGAACUGCUCCUAUUGACAUAACUGGUCAAGGUGAUUCAAAACGUAAAGCAACUAAUAUUUUAAAAAAACCAAUAGAAAAAUCUGAAGAUAAUACUACAUUAAAAGGUUCAAAUCCUAGUUCAAUUGCUGCAAGUGCCGCCGCUAUUUUAUCUGGCGUUCCUUCUACUGUUGCCCAAAAUGUAGCUGUUGAUUUAGCACAAGUAGCACCUAAACAUCUUACAACUGAAGUUAUGCCUGUUUCUACUUCUUUAACAAUUGGUUCAUUGAACUCUCAAAUUGCUGUGGCACCAUCAACUUCUAGCGAACAGUCUACAGUUUCCGAACACUCUCCUCCUAAUAUGGAAGAAUAUUUAAAUAAUAAUAAUAAUGCUCAGGCAAUGGCUCAAAUUCCACUUCAUUCACAAGAUGUUAAUUCCGCCGGCAAGCGUACUUCUACAGCUCGUAAUCUUUCCAGUGACGAACGUCGACAACGACGACUUUUACGUAAUAGAGUGGCUGCUAAAGAAUGUCGACGUAAGAAAAAAGCUUAUGUUGCUGAUUUAGAGGAGAAAGUUACACAUGAACUAAAUGCUAAGCUUACAUUACGCUCGGGUAAUAAUGAUAUUAAAAAAGAUUCUAAAUCACUUAAUAAAAGUGAACCAAAUGAUCAGAAACCAGUUUUAAAAUCCUAG